AUGCUACUGCUGGGACUGGCGAAAACCUGCCUUGUCCUUCUCAAGUCUCAGUCGGUGGUCAUGCAUACAGCGGCGCUAACAGCUGCACACUACGCCAAAGAAAUAUUUGCUCAUGAAGCGGGUGCUGCUAGUCCGGUUGCACGCCAGGACUUCAUGGGGUUCUCUCAAGCUGCAGGGACGGACGGGAAGAUGGCGAGCCAGUCAAUGGCCAUUAAUUGGUAUGGGACGAUAGGAGGGCAGCCUUACAGCAACAAUAGCAGACCACAACAGCCAAGACUAGGCAAGGGCCAUCAGCCACAAUGA